CUACUGUUCACUCGUGCGGGAGACAGCUCGUCUUUCUCAGAGCGAACAUCUAGGUCAUCGCCAACCGAGCCAGCGCUAUCACCCAAUCCGCCGUAUCGGGUGAUGUCGGUCGCCGCUUCUUCCCCUUGGGUACGGUUUGGAUGUUCGUCUCCCUUGGUGGAGACCUCGUUGAGACCCCCUUUACCCCGGUGGCGCUGCUCCGCAGGCAACUGAAGCACCCGGUCCGGCCACCAAUUUCAGCGACGCGUGCCCCAUGCGGGUCUUGGGCCACCGGGACCACGAUUCCUGGACGACAUUUGACCAGCGGCAAGGCACGUUGGACCAGACACGCUUCUACCUCGGUUUGACACGGGCCAGAGCAGACUCCGGGGUGCUGCUCAUCCGAGAAGCUCUCCGUCUCCGCCCAUGUCGGGCUCUCCACCGCUCCCCCCUAAAACCAGCCAUGAGGUUGCCGAGCAAGCUCAGGGGACAUAUCACUCCAGUACACAGGAUGUUUACCGUGGACUUUCGACAGCGCAGAGCGAGGAAAGCGCGGCAGCGGGUACUCCAGGCCGCUCUCGAUCAUUCCUCUCGGAUAACACUGAACGACCGCCGUACACCUUCGCUCAGCUUGACGUAUCGGUAACGACACCUCCAGCCUACACGCAGCAGCUUGAACAGGUUGGUGCUCAACCGACACCGUACCUGCAGGCUCCCGGAAUUGGGGCUGUCGAAAGCCAGUUUGGGCCGCGGCCCGCUCCGCGAGCCUAUCCUACGACGUCUCACCAUUCGAUACAAGAGUCACUCCCGAGCGCGGUACCCAAACCCCAGAGGAAAGCCAAGGGACAUGUCGCAUCUGCAUGUGUCCCUUGUAAAAAAGCACAUCUCCGGUUCGUUCACCCCUUUGAGAAGUAUUCUUGGUCGCGGAGCGAGACGUGUUGACCCCCGGUAGAUGUGAUGGACAAUUCCGAGGACGUUCUUCGCUGCGUUGAACAGUGCUAGGCACCAGCCAGUGAUGCGAUGAAGUCCCAGGAUAACUCCUUGGCUGACCUACUCAAG